GCCACUCGCGCACAUGCGCGUGCGCGUGUGUACGCAACGUUCGGCUUGAAAAUCACCCUGCACGGGCUUUAAUUUUGAAAAGCAGCCGUUGAACGUCCGGGUCGAAAGUUGUGAACCAGCACUGCCAUUAUAUCACCCUGUAGCCGCAGACGUGAGGAAGAAAGCCGCGGAAAAUGCAGCCGUCCUCGGUGAACAUGGCCGCUUUCACGCUGCUGAAGGUCCUGGUGUGUCUGUGCGGGCUCCACGGUCUGGUGGACGGCGCCAGCGGCAGAGGUUUUGGAGACAACAUCCACUGGAGGACGCUGGAGGAUGCCAAGAAAGAAGCUGAGGCCAGCGGGCUGCCCGUCAUGGUCAUCAUCCACAAGACCUGGUGUGGAGCCUGCAAAGCACUGAAACCCAAAUUUGCUGAAUCCAAGGAAAUCUCUGAGCUGGCUCACAACUUCAUAAUGGUCAACCUGGAGGAUGAAGAGGAGCCGAAGGAUGAAGCUUUCAGCCCGGAUGGCGGAUACAUUCCUCGGAUUCUUUUCCUCGACCCCAGUGGAAAGGUCCGUCCCGAAAUCGUGAACAAAAAUGGCAACCCCAACUACAAGUACUUCUACAGCAAUGCAGAGCACGUUCUGAGCGGCAUGAAGGAGGCGGAGGAGAAGCUGACAGGCGACGCCUACAAGCGGGGUCACACGGGAGAUGAGCUGUAGCUGAGCGGGCGCCUCCUCCAGGCUUCAAGGGCUAUUCUUCCUCCAGCUGACCCUGAGCUUCGGCCCUCCAUCACCCGGCGGGCUCCGACUCGCCGACCGAACCAAGUCCACCUUUGGGUGCUCCAGUAUUUCUUUGGUCUUUUCUGCAGCUGUUUCUUCUCAUCCUGCCAUUUUUAAAAUCAAGGUGUUUUGUUUUUUUCAUGCUUUACCUCAUGUCUGUAGAGGAUUUCACCCUCAACCUACCAUUAACUCAACCUUAACAUCGAACAACCAAUAGUUUGGGUUUUUAUAUUUUUGUUUAAUGGAUUUCCUUUUUUGACAGUUUUUACAAAGGGGAAAGUCCUGAUAAUUUGUCAGUUUUGAUAGUUUUUCCUCGAAUAACUUGUAAGUCCAGCUGCUCCUUCAGCUUCAUGCUGCUCAGUUCCAAAGAGGAUGUCAAGUUUGGGCUUAAAGAGGAAGUUGAACGGUCAGUUAUGUACAUUUCAGUUGCUUUCCUCUCGAAUGCAGGCGGACACAGUAGAGGUUUAAGCAUUUUAUGUCAAGAAUUGCUCCUUUAAUUUUAAGGAUUCUCGUUUUCACUCUUGCAUCUCCAGAUAAAUCGUUCUUCCAACGAUCCUCUACAGUAUUUUAACUACAUUUGGGAUAUUUUCUUUUACGGUUCUUGUCCUGUGGUUAAUAUUCACCCCCCAGUCCCGCCGAUCCUUUCCUUUCUGCACGCCAGCGGUCUCUGGUUUUUCUAACUGGCCUCUGCAAACAGGGGAUGGGAGUUGUGUUGAUGUAUUUUUUACAUGUACACAGCAGAGUGUGCAAAUAAAGUUUGUGGUACAGA